CCGGUGGAGGAACGGGCUUUGCCGGGAGUGGGAGAGCUGUCGUGCGAGCGGGAGGGUAUAUCUCUGAAGACCACUUUAAUUUAAAAGGAACAAUGCUGUCCUCAAAUGAUCAAAAGCUAGAAAAGCUGGAUCCCUUUCAUCGACCUUCAGUGCCCAAGCUGAAAACCAGUGCAGAAAUCAUAAGCGAAGCACGGAAUGCCUUAAGAGAGGUUAGAACCCAAAGACCAUUCACACCCCGGGAAGACCAAAGGAAGCUAUUUGGUCCUUCUUCAUCAAGAACCCCAGAAAACAGGCCUCCUUCCUCCUUCAGCCUUCACGCAUCCAGCUUUGAGUCGACCGAUUCCAAGCCUAUCUCUGGCACUCGUCUCAGGCCGCUUGAGAUGAAACCCAAAGCUCCAGCAUCUCCUACCACAGAGGAGGAUGCCUGCCUGUCCUUCCCUAACCCUCCACUGGACCCAGCAAAGAUAAGAAGAAUAAGCGGCGCCCGUGCGCGCUUCCACAGGGCCGCGCCCCAGGGAGCUCUCUUGCCUGACAGAUCCCUUCCUGCUGCUCAUUCAGAGACCAUGGUGGAAUCCAAAGAAACUGUUACCGAGGGGGGCUCGACAGCAAAAACAAACGGGGCUUUAACAGCACCAAAUGCCACCGCCCACUCACAGCGUCACCCAGUCCAGCUUCCCUUUGACCAAGGCUUCAGAGAAACCAAAGAGCAAGUCAUGUUCAUGGAAACAUCCCCGCUGUCUCAUCUCCGAAACGAAGGGGACCAGGGGAAGUGGUGUGCCAGGACCUCCUCAUGUCCUAGCAGCUCAGACCUGAGCAGGCAGGAAGCCAGAACAGCCUCAAGAGAGACCUUACAGGAACAGGAGACAGAAAUAGACAUAGAUGAAGUCUUUUGGAAAACACGGAUUGUACCGAUUUUGCAUGAAUUAGAAAAGGAAGACAUCGACUCCAAGUGUGUGGCGUGCACGCAGCUCCAUCGCACGCUGGAGGAAGGGCACAUGCUCGGGAAGAAGUUCAAGAGGAGAGGCUCCCUGCUGAACGCCCUGUAUAAGCUAGUGGACACCGGCUCAGACCCGCUCAGCCUGAAACUUGCAAAGCUUAUCCUAGCGCUUCAAGUGAGCGGGAAGAAUCUUCUUAAUGUCUGCAAGCUGGUAUUUAAAGUCAGCAGGAACGAGGAGAACGAUGCCCUGAUGCAGAGCGACAACAUCCUGGAACCGCUGCUGGAGGUGCUGAGGGGCGAAGACCUGCCAAGCAACACUGAGGCGUUUCUCUACUGCAUGGGGGCUCUGAAAUUCCUUUCUGGGAGUCCAGGGUUCCUUACCGAGAUGAUCGGCAAAGGGGCAGUGGAGACACUGGUGCAGUUGGUAAAGCAGAUGAAUGAGGACACAAAGAAACAGGGCGCGUGCCUGCCUAACUCAGGCCACUUGUUAGUCCAGACGACGGCGACGCUGAGAAACCUGGUGGACUCCCCUCUGACGAGAAGCAAGCUCCUGAACCUGGGGGCCAUUCCCCAGCUCUGCACAGCGAUGGAGCAGUACACGGGCGACAAGGACGUCUGUACCAACAUCGCCAGGAUAUUUAGCAAACUAACCUCUUACCGCAACUGCUGUGCGGCCCUGGCCAGCCAUUCCCGAUGCUACGCCUUGUUUCUAAGUCUAUUGAACAAAUACCAGAAGAAACAGGAUUUAGUAAUUCGAAUUGUUUUUAUCCUUGGCAACCUGACAGCAAAAAGUAACCAGGCCCGGGAACUUUUCUCCAGAGAGAGUGGGAGCAUGGAAACUCUGCUUACAUUGUUUCAGAACUUCUACCAACUUGAGGAGCACUCCUCAAGGCCUGGGCCCUCAGGAGCCAGGCCACAGACAGAGGCCGAGGAUGUGCUGGUUAAGCUGAUCCGCGUCCUAGCCAACAUAGCCAUUCACCCGCGCAUCGGCCCAGUUCUGGCGGCCAACCCUCAGGUGGUGGGCCUGUUGCUGACCGUUCUGGAAUCCAAGUCCCUGGACGACUCCGAGGAGCUGGUGAUCAAUACCACAGCAGCCGUCAACAACCUGUCCUUCUACCAAGUGAAGAACUCCGUCCUGCAACACAAAAAGCUGUAUGUUGCUGAACUGCUCUUGAAGCUCCUCGUGAGCAACAACAUGGACGGAAUCCUGGAGGCCGUGCGCGUCUUCGGAAAUCUCUCCCAGGACCUCGAUGUCUGCAACUUCCUCAUGCAGAAAAAUGUCCACAAGUUUAUGAUGGCCUUGCUGGAAGCCAAGCACCAGGACAUUUGCUUUUCCGCCUGUGGGGUCCUCCUGAACCUCACCGUGGAUAAGGACAACCACGCCAUCCUGAAAGAAGGCGGGGGUGUUACAAAGUUAGUGAACUGUUUAAGGGAUUUCGGUCCCGGUGAUUGGCAGCUGGCCUGCCUGGUAUGCAAGGCCUUGUGGAACUUGAGUGAGAACGUCACAAACGCAUCCUUGUGUUUUGGAGAAGAAGUCACUGACACGCUCCUAGUCCUCUUGUCAUCAUUUUUAGAUGAAGAACUGGCCCUGAAUGGCAGUUUUGACCAGGACCUGAGAAGUUACCACAGGCUCCACUGGGAGACGGAGUUCAAGCCUGUGGCCCAGCAGCUCCUGGAGCGGAUCCAGCGCCGUCACACGUUCCUGGAGCCCCUGUACGCCCCUUCUUUCUAACAGACACAGGCUGAUGACAGAACCCCGAUGUCAGGUCUCCCUCAUUCUUGGGAAGCAGUAAAAGCGCCAGCGUUUCUCAGUGUUCACACGUGCUGAGCGUUGUGAAAGUACUGAUUUUAGCGAAUAGCCUAAGUAUUUCUUUUUCUAGGUAUUAUGGAAAAAUGGAUAUAUAUUUUCUUUUAUGAGAGGUGUGAGAUGGAAAUAUAUGCAUUUUUAAGACUUCUCUUUCUAUUCGCCUUUAAGUUGCUUAGAAACAGACCCUUGAAAACCCCGAUUGGACACUUGAGAAUGAAUGUCUUGUCAGUGAAGGGGGCUGCGCAGUGGGGACGGAGGCGUGGUCUGCAAGAACCGUCUGUCUUCGGGAGAGGCCGAGGGACCAACAUCUGUUCCAACCCUCACUCUAUCUAAAAACAAGUCGCUUGCCUCGUACUAGUCUUUCCUUGUUUGUCAUGUUAAGAGAAGGAAUAAGCAGGAAAAAGAAGACUCCUUGGCGGGCUUGUGACGUAGCCCAGUGGAAGCACUUGACUCCCAGGCUCAAGGCUGUGGGUUUGAGCCCCCGUAAGGAGGAAAAACUGCCUUAGGUCAUCUCUCCUAGUUGUUCUUUUUGUUUGUGUGGAUGUCUGACCUGCACAUGCCUGUGGAGGCCAGCAGAGGGCGGCAGAUCGCUUGAGACUGGAGUUAAGAGAUGGUUGUGAGCCUCUGUGUGGCCAGGUGCUGGGAAUUGAACUCAGGUCCUCUACAAGAGCAACCAGUGCUCUUAACCACUGAGCCAUCUCUCCAGCCCCUGCUUUUAAAAUGUUUUUAAAAAUUUUCUUUCUUUGUGUGUGUGUGUGUUUGUGUAUGUGUGUCUGUCUGUAUCCGUGUAAACAUAUGUGUGUAGAUUCCCUUGAACUCAGAAGAAGGUGUAAGAGCCCCUAGAACUGGAGUCACAGGUGUUUUUGAGCUCUUGGACAAGGGUGCUGGGAGCCAAACUUGGGUCCUCUGGAAGAGUAGUAAGUGCUAUUAACCACUGAGCCAUCUUUCCAGCCCUGGCCACCUACAUCUUGAAUUAAGUAAAACAGAAGAAAAAGUAAUUGCCUUUCUUUUUCUUUGAGAUGAUUCCCCCCCCCCCCAUUAGACUGUAUCUAAGGGAGACAAUAUAACAGAUUAGAAAGUGCAUGCUUCUCUGUACGGCAUUCCUGUUUGACUCCUAGCUCUCUCCUGCUAGCUGUGGGGGCUUUAGACAAUUAUGUAAACUUCUUGAGAACAUAAUACAAAAUGAGAAUAAUACCUUUAUUUUAGGGUAUGCUUAGUCAGGGUUUUUUAGAGGAAUAGGUUACAUAUUAAUAAAGGAGAUUUAUUAGGUUGGCUUACUGGCUGGGAAAUCCAACAGUGGCUGUCUGAAUUUUGGAGAAUGUGAGAAGCCAGUAUCUGCUUAGUCCAGGAGGCUUAAUCCCUCAGUCUGCUGCUGAAGGCCAUGGGGAUUCCUGAGAGCAUGUGGCCUUCAGUCCGUGUUGCAGACUGGAGAAGCCAUCUCCCCAAGUCAGUGAAGAUGGCAGCAAUAGUGGCAAAAAGAGCGUGGAUGAACUUGCCAGCCAGCGGGAAGGUGGGAGACAGAAGCCCUGUUUCCCUCAGACCUCCUUGUAGCUGCUGACACUGUGGGGAAGGUUGUCCUCCCUCAAUUAAGCUUUCCAGGAAAUACCCUGGCAGGCAGACACGUCUCUUAGUUGGUCCCAGAGCUAUUAAGGCUGACCACCAAUAUCAACACACAGCAGAGUUUAGCGCAAAGCCUUAAUCGGCAGGCUGUAGGUGCACACUGUAACAAUUCUGAUGGGGUCUGUUUGCUCGCCUCAGGAGGGUAAAAUUUGCCUCUGAAUAAAUGAUUU